UUAUGGGUAUGACUUUAUUCUAGUCUUCCAUCAUAUCAUGUUAUGAUUAACAUACUGUGAGUUUUAAUUUAUUCACAAUAAUUUUCCCUUGGCUUAAGCAGACAAAUUCAAAUGAAGCCUUACAGUGGCUUUUAAUGCUCACUGAAUCUUGUUUCUUCACAUUGGCAAAUCUACAAGAUCUGAAAAUCCUACUACUGUUGAUUGGUAUUUUUCAUGUUACCCCUAUUAUUGCAACCAUUCAACAAAUGCUGUUUUAAGUAUGAUCUGCUUUACGAUACAAAUGCAGUGCUUGCUAAAAGACAACCUCCCACCCUGAGCGAUGAUGAAGAUGAUGAUGCUGUCCAUGAUAACACCCUUGCUUGGGAUGACUCCUCCAUCCAUGUCGCCACUGGUGGUACUCCAGUUACAGGUUCUUUUGUGCCAGCCAUUGGUGGUCCCUUCUCUGCCCUCACACCCAGUAUGUGGCCACAGGACCUACUAUCAAGAAUUCAGCAGACAGAAGAUGCAGGAGGUCGUCCAACUGGACAUUAUGAUGAAUUUGGAUUUAUGGUCAAUGGAGAUUUAGAGUUUGAACACAAAGACCCUGAUCCUGGUAGUUUUGUGACAAGUGAGGACGAGGGACUUAGACUUAAAUGGACAGCUUUCUUGGAGUUCACACAGAAUCAAGAUGUUGGUGAAAUGACCUGGGACAAGGUGUCUCCAAGCUUUCCUCAUUCAGACAAGUUACGAGAGCUUGUUUAUCUUGGAAUUCCCCACAGCAUGAGAGCUCCAAUCUGGAUGAGAAUAUCUGGAGCUUUACAAAAGAAAAUUAGCAGUGAUUUUACUUACAAGCAAAUUGUAAGGGCAAGUGCAGAUGAAAAUUCUUUGACAGCCAAGCAAAUUGAAAAGGAUUUGCUGCGAACCAUGCCAAACAAUGCAUGUUUUUCAACACCAACAAGCACUGGACUUCUACGGCUCAGAAGGAUCCUUAGGUCUCUAGCUUGGUUGUACACUGAUAUUGGCUACUGUCAAGGAAUGGGCAUGAUUGUGGCAUCCUUGUUACUCUUUGUGGAAGAAGAAGAUGCCUUUUGGUUGAUGUGCACAAUAGUGGAGGAUCUUGUACCUACAUCUUAUUAUUCAAGCACUUUGAUUGGUGUACAGGCGGAUCAAAGAGUUCUGCGACAGCUGAUUGUCAGUUAUCUUCCACAAAUGGAUGAACAGCUAAAGGAGCAUGAUAUUGAAUUGUCAUUGAUUACCCUUCACUGGUUCUUGACAGCAUUUGCUAGUGUUGUACACACCAAGAUCCUUUUGAGGGUUUGGGAUAUUUUCCUCUAUGAAGGCUCAGUUACACUGUUCAGAAUCACACUUGGUAUGCUGAAAAUGAAGGAAGAUGUAAUCUUAAAGCUGGACAAUUCAGCACAGAUCUUCAACACACUCUCUGAUAUACCUGGUGAAGUCAGUGAUGCUGAUGAACUGUUAGAGGCUGCAAACAAGGCUUCUGCCUCGCUGACAGAUGUCAUCCUAGAGACACACAGAAAGAAGCACAUGGCCUUUCUUAUGGCUGACCUUGGGGUCCUGAUGGAUAAGGAGUCUGGAAAACAAAUGUCCAGAGAUCGGCUUCAAAAACGAACAAUAGCUCCACCUAGAUCUUUCUUCAGCUUGCUCUUUGGGAGAGGUGGUGGUGUUUACUUACAAAAGGCUAAAAAUAUCAGACAGACAGAACUAGUAGCAGAUUUGAGAGAAGCUAUUCUCCAAAUUGCCAGACAUUUCGAUGCUGUUGAUCCAAAGAAGGGACUGGACGUUGACUAUUCAAUGGAGAGUCACGCAAGAGACCAUGAGAGGUUCAUCAACGUAGCCAGGAAUCGGCGCAGAAGAGCUAAAGCUUUAUUGGACUUUGAAAGACACGAUGACGACGAAUUGGGAUUCAGGAAAAAUGACAUUGUUACGAUAAUUUCUCAGAAAGACGAACACUGUUGGGUUGGGGAAUUGAACGGUCUUAGAGGUUGGUUUCCAGCGAAAUUUGUUGAGAUUUUGGAUGAAAGAAGUAAAGAGUACUCAACUGCCGGGGACGAUUCGGUGUCUGAAACUGUAACAGAUCUCGUCAGAGGCGGCUUAUGUCCCGCAAUGAAGUCGAUAUUCCUGCACGGCAUGAGGAAGCCGUCCAUUCUUGGAGGACCUUGUCAUCCAUGGCUCUUUGUUGAAGAGGCCAGCCAACGUGAAGUAGACAGAGAUUUCCAGUCAGUGUACUCUCGCCUGGUGUUGUGUAAGACAUUUAGAUUGGACGAGGAUGGAAAGGUUCUCUCACCUGAGGAAAUUCUUUACAGAGCUGUGCAGUCAAUAAACAUGAGUCACGAUGCUGCAAACUCACAGAUGGACAUCAAAUUCCGAUCUCUAAUCUGCUAUGGUCUGAACGAGCAAUGUCUUCAUCUGUGGUUAGAGACACUGUGUGCCUGUGAAGAUGUCGUCGGAAAGUGGUACCAUCCCUGGUCAUUUCUUCGGAGUCCAGGCUGGGUGCAAAUCAAAUGCGAACUAAGAACACUUGCAUCCUUUGCAUUCAAUCUCAAUAUCGAUUGGGAGCUUACCAGCGAACGUAAAGCUCAGGUUGUAGAGGGGUUCGCGCAGCAAAAGAAAUUGCAGGAGGUAACCCAGCCCAUGAAAGAUGGAGUUCGAGACAUGCUGGUUAAACAUCACUUGUUUAGCUGGGAUCUUUGAAGGGGCUUCCCAAGUACAUCUGCGUGCCAGAAGAGGUGUUCAAGCGAAGUUAGUUUCUCCAAUUAUUUUUGUGAUUCUGGCUCAGAUUUUACAGAUUAAGUCGAGAUAUUAAUUCCACAUGCAAAUAGUAAAUUGUUUCUUUUGUUGUAAGUAGUCUACCCAUGUUAACGCUUAAAGUUCAUAGAUCUGAUAAGCGAUUCUCAUUUCUAACUGCUUAAAUUGUGUUAUCAGUUCAGAGAACUUGGUGUUAUAUCAUGGUAACAACCAUAAGUUUGUUUAUUCGCACUACCGGGUAAACUCGUUAAUGAAUUUAUACUGUAAGGAGAAAUUGCAUAUCGAUCACUUCUGGUAGUUAAAGGGGAAAAUAGUACUCAAAAAGUGACAGGAUAGCUCAUUAAUGUUUAAAUGUAAGAUAGUUACAUUCGCUUCCAUUGCGCUCUCCUGGCAAGAGAUGAAUGAAAUGAUCCUGAGAGUUAAAGAACUGCCACGCUUAAUUCUGAUGGGAAGGUGGUGUCAGUUGUGACACGGUCGUGAAAAUUGUUUAAGUUAAAAGAACCUACAAGAGAAAAUAUUGAAAAAGGAUAUUUGUAAAUUAAGGCUAUAAUUUGCAUACCCUUAUCUGAAUUCGUUUGAAGGUUGUCACACACUUUUUUUUUUUUUUGUGAGUUACAAGAUGCGUUUCGUGACGACCUAAAUGAAGCUGCUAGAGCGUUGCAUAAUAGUAAUGUUAGUUUGAUUUAUAGCACCAGUUAUCCAAUGUAAAACUGUGACAGGAGGUUUAUUGUUAUAUAGUUUUGGAUGGCUUCGGCAUACUCGAACGCAUUAUUACAGUGGAUGGAAUAUUUUUGUAUGCAAGAGUACUGGUUGCAUAUUUGCUUCAGUAUGAUUGCAAUUCAGAAGGUGUCGAAAUAUUACAGUAACUUUUGUUAUUUUAAAUCCGCGAAAUAACAGGAUUUAUUGAAAGUUAGUUAACUAGGUAGAAGGAAAUUGUAAUCUCAAUGUAAUGAAAUUGACAUUCUUGGCGUGAAUGGUGAGGCGAUAAAUCCUCGUCGUUUGUUGAUUACGACUGGGUUUAUGUGGUGUUAACAGUGAAGUUUUAAUGUUACCACGUGGUCUCGUUUAGGGGAAAGUUUUGGUUGAACUUUGAUGAGAAUGGAAAUGAGAGAAAUGACGCGAAAAGGUAGUUAAAUUUACUGAAACCAGUAUUUGAAAGCCUGUGAUUGUAAGAGAAAAAGUCGCUCGAUUACACGCUUCAAAAUUUGGGUUUUAACGGCAGCAAA